UUAAAGCGGGCCACUCUGCGGAAAAGUGAGGAGUGGUACAGUGCGGCUCGUCCAUCCGCGAUGCCGUAGUCUUUUUGGUAUGCACAGCAUCGCUCCGCUGCAGCUUCUAUUUAACGCCUUAACUAACUGACUAAUGGCUACUUGGGAUAACGCCGAGUCGUCAUAUUGCGACAAAGAGUAAGAAAUAUAUGUAUAGAAACCACUGCGUUUCACCUGCAAGGCGAAGGACACAGACAGGUUUUCUCCUCUCGGUUGUGGCCGCGCUCGCCGUUUCCUUGGAUACUACGUGAAGCGCUCGUGCCUUAUUUGCCUUUUUCCCGCUCUGCGCUCCUUUGCUUUAAACGACCUGCCGUGAAGAUUGAGGUGCUCCGGGAGGAGGCGAGGACACACCCAAGUACUCUAUCUUCUCUCUACCUUUUCUCUUUCCACGCCAGAGAAAGACACGGCCAGUAUCACCGGCAUUUAGGGAAAAACGAUUUGGCAUCUCCAUCACACAGGUGCCCUCUCCACCGCAGGAACUCCCGGACACUUCCUGGCAUCUAGAAUAAAACCGGGAGAGUUUUCGGUGGUGGAAGUUUAUUCUUAGAGAGCUCAGAGGACCAGGAUCAACAUUUGAGGAAUUCAUGGAAAAAGAUGAAUAGGCAGAGCUCACCCAGAACCAGAACCAGACUGUGAAUCCUUUGGGAACACACUGUGGCAUUAAAACCCUCCUUGUCAGACUUCACCCUCCAUUUUCCUCACACUGUGUUGUCUGGCUCAGGUAAAAGUGCAGUCCUCACCUUCCUGCAUAAUGACAGUGGCAACAGGAGAUCCCUCAGAUGAGGCAGCAGCACACCCAGGUCACCCUCAGGACUAUGACGCUGAGGGAGAACAGGAAUGCUGUGAAAGGGUUGUCAUCAACAUUUCAGGCCUGCGCUUUGAGACACAGCUCAAGACCCUCUCGCAAUUUCCUGAGACCUUGCUAGGUGAUCCAAAAAAGCGGAUGAGAUACUUUGACCCUUUAAGGAAUGAGUAUUUCUUUGAUAGAAACCGACCAAGUUUUGAUGCCAUCCUCUACUACUACCAGUCCGGAGGAAGGUUACGGCGCCCUGUGAAUGUGACUCUGGAUAUAUUUUCAGAAGAAAUUCGGUUUUAUGAGCUUGGAGAGGAGGCUAUUGAGAUGUUCAGGGAGGAUGAAGGGUUCAUUAAGGAAGAGGAGAGGCCUUUGCCCGAUAAUGAAUUUCAGAAGCAGGUCUGGUUGCUGUUUGAGUAUCCAGAAAGUUCAGGACCAGCAAGGAUUAUAGCCAUCAUAUCUGUUAUGGUGAUUCUUAUUUCUAUAGUCAGCUUCUGUCUGGAGACUCUGCCUAUAUUCCGUAGUGAUGAAGAGGAUAUGCAUAAAGUCCAUACAUAUAAUAGUAACUCCACCACAAACUAUGUGUCCACCUCCUUCACUGACCCUUUCUUCAUCCUGGAGACACUCUGCAUAAUCUGGUUCUCCUUUGAGUUCCUGGUUCGGUUCUUCGCCUGCCCCAGUAAAGCCAGCUUUUUUGUGAACAUUAUGAAUAUGAUUGAUGUGGUGGCUAUUAUCCCCUAUUUCAUUACACUUGGAACAGAACUGGCAGAAAAAGCAGAAGACGGCCAGCAAGGGCAGCAGGCCAUGUCUUUAGCCAUCCUGCGAGUCAUCCGUCUAGUGAGGGUCUUCAGGAUCUUCAAGCUCUCACGUCAUUCCAAGGGACUCCAAAUUUUGGGGCAAACCCUGAAGGCCAGCAUGAGAGAACUUGGGUUGCUUAUCUUCUUCCUCUUCAUUGGAGUCAUCCUCUUUUCCAGUGCCGUCUACUUUGCUGAAGCAGACGAGCCUGAGUCCCAGUUUUACAGUAUCCCAGAUGCCUUUUGGUGGGCUGUGGUUUCUAUGACCACUGUUGGCUAUGGAGAUAUGGUACCCACAACCAUUGGUGGCAAGAUUGUUGGUUCACUUUGUGCCAUUGCUGGAGUGCUGACCAUUGCCUUGCCAGUGCCUGUUAUUGUCUCAAAUUUCAACUACUUCUACCACCGUGAAACAGAGGGUGAGGAGCAAGCUCAGUAUCUGCAGGUUAACACCCCCAAAGCUGAUUCCCAAGAAGAAUUGAAAAGAAGUCAAAGUGUUUCUACCAUGAGCAAAUCUGACUAUAUGGAGAUCCAAGAAGGAGUGAACAACAGUAAUGAGGAUUUCCAGGAGGAGGACCUCAAAAAAGGAAACUGCACUUUGGCCAACACAAACUAUGUGAAUAUCAAAAAAAUGCUGACUGAUGUAUAAUCAACUGAGAUUAUGUUAUUGGAAAAUGCGAGAUGAGAGUGAGGGAGAUGGCAGCCUUAGUUGGCAAAUGAUCUGAGGCUUUAAACCUUUACAGGAUUAAAGAGGAUCACGAUAAGUCAGAACCUCCGCUAUUGAUAUGAAAUGUUCUGUUCUGCUGAGAAUACCCAAGAUCAGCUCAGUCCUCUGUGUAAGAUCGUCUUCAUAUUCAAACAAUCAUCUGAGUCUGCAUGCAAUUAGCUUUCAUCUCUGUGACUUUCACUGAAAAUCACACUUCCUGUAACAGCAGAAAUUGUAGAAACUAGAGGAGGAUGAAGAAACAUCCUAACUAAAAGGGUUAACAACUUCAAAAAAGCCACCUUGUACCAUGUAUGUAUCAUCACAGCAUAUCAUGCCCUCAAAGAUCAGCCACAUCUCUGUGCUUUUCCAAAGAACAUAUUAUUGUGCUUCUUCUGCUGAAAGGAAAACAAGGCCUCAUGGGGAGUGUAAUAAUAAUGAUAUAAGAUUAUGAGAACAAAAACUUCCUUCAUUGUUGCUGCUGCUUAUUAUAGAUGUCUGACAGAAGUAACAUCAUAAACACGAUGCACUCAGAUUCAAUAAGCUCAAAGCAUUUAAAGCAGUUUUUAUUAGUUAUCACUUCCUCCAGACUGAAAAUGUCUUGCAACAAGUCUACAAAUGUUUUAAAAACCAUCAUCUAUUCUGGUAACCUACAUACUACAUAUAUAUGGACCACACUAACAUCUAUGUUGUCAUGAAAGCAAGAUUUAUUGCAAAGCCUUCACGAAAGUCUGAAAGUGUCUGUGCCAUAUUUUAUGUUCAUGAUAACGUAGUUUAUCAAAUUUAUGCAGCGUGUAUGUAUAGCUUCUUUUUAAUGAUGCAAUCUAUCAUACAGACCAGAUUAUGCUGAUGUUUGCAAACCAACCUUGGGUUAAUGUAUGCUUCGGUUAGGAAAACCGUAACACUGACCUUAGCAUACACCAAUUACAGUUACACCAAUACACAAUACAUUUAAUAAUGAGAACUAAUGAUCUUAUUCAGUCAAACCCCAAAUCUCUCUCUGAAUAUCUUUAAAACACAAGCUGCCUGUACCAAUGAUGAUGUUGUAGCAAAAUUCAUGUAGUGUGACAGUGAUUUAAUUAUGGAGUGAUGUUACGGUGGUACCACAGAAAUGAGCAGCUAGAGCUGUGUUGUGUUUCAGCUUGCAACAUUCUGAUCAUUUCAUUACUUUUUCUAAAAAGGUGGUUGAGGUUCAAUUUACCUGGGAAGUAAACAAGCCAUAUCUAUUUUACACUGUAAUAAAGCUUAGCAAAUAUUUAGCCAAUCAAUGUAACAAAUUGGUAGCAUCAAUAUCAAUAUAUUGAUUAUUUUAUUAUCAAUUGUCAAUUAUUUUAUGCAAUGACAAAUUUUAGAUUAGCCUAUCAUUUUUUGUUAUUUCAUUUUCAACCAGAGACUUUUUAGACAUAGAGUGGCAUCCAAAAUUCUGAGACCUCACUGAAAAUCUGGGAUUUUUUGUUUUUUUUAAUUUCAUUCAAUUGAAAAUAAACAGAAGGAUAUGGAAUUAUGAAAUAAUUAAAGCACAGAAAGUAAAUGUUCAGUUUAGUGAAUAUUCAAUAUUCAAAUUUGUUUCUAUUUCUACGUCCCGAUUUAAAUGUAAGCAAAUUUGUGAUAGUGACCACAUUAACUGCUUUGUACAAAAAUUCAGAUUUUCCUAAUCUCUUGAUGAGUUUGAUCUAAAACGGCUUUAAAAAUUCAUGUAAAUAUUUCAAAGAUAUUUUUGUCAGUUAAAUCAUUUUCAAUGAAAAUUGUAUAUUAAAUUAGAAACGAAUGCAAAAUAGAAGCAUUUUCACUAGUGCUCGAAGAAUUUUGGACCUCACUGUAUGUCGAAUAUGUUUAUUAUGUGUACUGAUUGUACUGUAAAACGAUGGUCCUGAGCAUCAGUGCUGCUUUCAGGUUUUGUUGUUUUUUUUGUUUUGUUUUGUUUUGUUUUGUUUUGUUUUUUGUCUUUGGUUGUCAAAGACAUUGGGAUGUACACAAUGACCUUUAGGUAGAGGCAGAGCAGCAGUACAUGACUAGAAUAACUGAACAGUACACUGCAGUAGCUGCAGCUGCAGCUUCCCAUUUCUCAUAGCACCAGAUGACCUUCCCAGUGCAUUCAAGUGAUACAUGCUACAUUUACUUCUCUCAUUACAAGAAAAAGACUAUAAAUCAAUAUAAACAUUAGAGCUUAGCGGAUAUCAACAAAACUGAAAGGACCACAAAGCCGUAUACCUUUCAUAUCGGUCAUACUGAGGUCAUACUGUGGUAGCCUGAGCAUUUUUCCUAAGGACACAUCUUUUACUUAUUUGUAAGAGACAUACAAUGGCAGCUAGUGCAGUAUGGGUACAGCUGGAAACAGUAUGUCAAUGUAGCAAGGUUUUAAUCCUUUUUGGUCCUUCAAACUUUCAGAAAGACUGCUUAACCAAUGCACCGAGAUUUCAGUGUAUUUUUGUGGCUUUCUCUUCUGUUGUUUGGCAGGAAAUAAUGAAGGUGAAAUGUUUUAGUGUAGCAAUCAUAUAAUGCACAUGGUGCAUCUAUUUUAAUUUUCAGUUUUUAGAAUACAGACUGUAUGUGCUGACGCAUACAGGCAGAAUUCCUCACAGCUGGUAGCUGUCAGCUUUGUUUUAGCUGAGUAUAGAAGUGCAUUCCUGUUCAAAGUUUGGUCAUUUGCAUUUAGUUGGAGGUAAAAAGAAAAAUACACCUGUUGUAUGCACAUUGUACAUAGCCAGUGCCUAUAGGAAUUACAUAUAAUAACUUUAAUGCAACAGACAGGGAGAUUUAUUCUAUGCAUGGAAAGGUACACAGAAGGAAUGUAUCAUCCCAUUUCCUGCACACUUGCACACUGGAUGUUUUCUUUCUUUUGUUUCAUUUUCACCUGGAAGCAUCAUGUGUUGGACCUUAAAAUGAAAAAAAAAAAUGUAUUUCUGUGAAUGACACAGUACAUUUAGCAUAUUGAGCACUUUUAAACGGUAGAUUUGCAAACCACUGCCAUCAUAUUGAUUGCAGAUAUUGUGUUUUUUGUGUUUUGUUUGGAGCACUGAAUGUCUUAAGUAAUUGUUGUUACAAGCAUCUUACGAUCAUUCCAUUGCCAAGGACUGGACAAAAUGCACUCACCUCUUAUUCUAUUGUGUAUUUGUGUAUACAGGACUGAAUGUUAAUAGGAUAUAUUAAGCUUUACUGAGACAUGUAAGUGCAAUAUAUAUUAGUUAAAAAUGAAGUGGAAAGAUCUGAAACAAUUUAUUACCCAGACUACUAUAGCCAAUGAGAUUCGAAACUUGCUUCAUCAUGUACAUGUUUUGUCCCUCAUCAUUAGCAGAUCAAACAGAAAAUCUGUAUAAACAUGGAUUUGUAUAACAGUACAAUAUUUAAGAUCAGUUAAGAGUUGGCUGUGCUUGAACUCAAGCUCCCAAAGCCAUUAUAUAUCUUUUUGAUGUGGCUCAGUGUAUUCCAGCUGCUUUCACCGCAGUUACAUUUCAUUAAUGCCUGUGACUUCACUGAGUGCUGAUGGAAGGUUAAAAAUGGAUCUCAUUACUCAAUUAUGCAAACCUGUUUUGUGUGUGUUGAGCAUGAUUCGUAAACCGUGUACCUGUGUAUCUAUGCGCCACUGUUUGGAGAGUUUUAAAACUCUUAACCAAGUUUGUUUCAUAAGGCACAAUCUCCCUGGAGCUUUACAACUGCAAUCUGAUCAGGUGUUUAAAUAAUGCAGAUUUUGGGCAGAUGUGUGGGCAGUACACAUAUAUGCAGCAUUCCACUGUAUUUAAACAAUGAGUUAAAGAUCAGCAUGUCUGUAUAGUUCUGUGCAAAAUCUGUUAAACCUCUACCUGAUAAACUGCAGCGAAGUGCUUUAGACUGCAAGCAUAAGUGACAUGUAGCUUAAAACUUUCAUUCAUCAUAUCAGUAUAGCCUAGCAGCUACAGUAUGCUAUAGAAUAUAGCCAUUUCUUUUUUUUUUCUAUGAGAACAACAUUUACAAAAAAAAUACAUAAGGUUAGAGUAGGAAGGGAAGUGAAAUUCUGCACAUUCUUUGGUUCUCAAUGAGAUGCACUUUAAUAGUACAAUAAGGAGACAAUCUAAUGACGGAAACUAAGCAUAUAACCUUUUCAAAUGUCCAUUCAUGUCUUAAUGCUACAUCGAAAAUGAAAAUGAGAAGCAAUCGUAAA